CUAGAUUCUUUAUGCAAUAUUGAAGGAAAUCAAAUUCCCAACAUUAAACUCGAUCCAUCAUUUCCCACCACUUUCUCGGGCUUUUGUCGCUGACUCGCUGCUGCAUCUUACAAUCAACUUCGCCGUCGUCAGAGGAAUUCGCCUGUUCGAUGAUCUGCUAAUCUGCUAAACGAGCAUAUGAACAUGGAGGACAGGGAGGAUGAAGCAGUGCCACAACUUCUCAUAAAGAAUCAACCGAUAAGUAGUUGGGAUGAUGAAGAUGUUGAUGAUGACGAUGUGAAAGAAUCUUGGGAGGAGGAUGAUGAACCCAAACCGGCACCGUCACCAGCAAAAGCAUCUGAAAAGCCUGUCAAGAAAGCUGUAUCAAAGGAAAGGAAAAAAGGAAAAGAUGUAGAGUUAACUAAAGAAACAGCACUGGAUCCGGUAGCAGAAAAAUUGCGUCAGCAAAGGCUAGUGGAGGAAGCGGAUUAUAAGUCGACAACAGAGCUGUUUUCUAGAAAGAGUGAUGAGAGGACCCUGUACAAUUUCAUACCUAAAUCUGAAAGUGACUUUUUAGAAUAUGCUGAACUAAUUUCUUACAAACUUCGUCCAUAUGAGAAAAGUUACCAUUAUAUUGGGUUGCUUAAAGCAGUGAUGAGACUGUCAAUUACUUCUUUAACAGCUGAUGAUGCAAAGGAAGUUGCCUUCUUGGUUACAGCGAUUGCAAAUGAAAAGCUGAAGGCAGAGAAAGAGGCUAAUGCUGGUAAAAAGGAAACAGGGCUAAAAAAGAAGCAGCUUCAUGUUGAUAACGCUGAUGAUGAUUUGGCUGUUGCUGGCUAUGAUGAUAAUGAUGAUUACGAUUUUAUGUGAACUCGUAAUGAUCUAUAUUUUCAAGCAUUUCAACUCAAAGUACUGUAUGUUCUUUGCAUUUUGAUGUAGUUUAUCGAUGUAUCAGUGUAUGUGCGGCUGAAUCUAGCAGAACUUUUAGUCUUUUGUGGUAGAGACUGAAUAGUGUAGAAACCCAAUUGUUGCAAUAAAUAAACAACAGAGGAAGUACUUCGUAUAUGUUUGUUCUACUAACUCUCAAAAUUUUAUUCAACGAAUUAAGUUUAGUUCCAAAAAUAA